CGCGGCGUUCGGUCAGCCCACCAGAGAACAGUUGCGCUUCACAUUCGCUACCGGCUGGUCACAUCCCAAAGCCUCCAUCCGCGUGUGUGAUUUGUGAAGUGAAGUGAUUUGAGUGAUUUUUCAUCGGGCCGUGGUGCAAAAACAAGUGCGUACGUUUUUCAUCCACCGAAGGAUAUCAUCGGUCGCACGCGUCAAUUUCGGUCACCACUUUUCGCGACGCGACGGUGGAAAAAAGGGCUAAAAAUAAACUCAUCCGAAACGAUCUGGUCUGGCUGGCUGGCCUGUUCCUUGAGAGGAGAGAGAGGGAGAGUGCUAUCAACGCAUUCGCAAAGGGAAGAACAUUUGCUGGAACGAGCUGAAGAGCUAGAGCAAGUGAUUGGACACCGGCAAGGACAUCACCCCAUCGGACCCAAUUUUACUACCCCGAGCUGAGGACGGUUUUAUUAGAUUACCGCGUCUAGAGUGACACAUCGUUAACAACAACAUCAACACGGCGGUAAGGAAAGACCAGCCGUGAAAGACGUCCCGCGUGGGAAGCAAAUGAUGGCCCUGGAACACCGACAGCACCACCGUGAUCAUCAGUGAACCAGCCGUGUUUAAUGCACUACCAGCGCUACCGGAAGCAGCUAGCAAAAGAUUAAUUAAAAACAAAACAGUGUGAGAACAAGCGAGCGAGAAACGAACUAGGGACACUCUUUUAAGGUGUGCCUGUGCUAGAUAGUGGUGCUUACUGGGUCAGGAAAAACGGGGGAUCAACUAAGCACUAAAGAUGGGUGCGCCACCAGCAAAGAAGCCGCUGGUAAACAGGAAUCUAAUAUCCUUGAAAAUUGUGCUCUUCCUGUUCUACGGAGCCCUCGGAUGUCUCCAUCCGUACAUCCAGAAGCACAUGACGCUGACCGGAUUGAACUACUACGAGUCGCAGCUGGUGACGUUGAUUGCACCGCUGGUAGCAAUACUGGGCCCGCUGAUCAUUGCCCCGCUGGUGGAUCGGUUGGCCGGACGGGCCGGCGCUUCGUUCGGUAAGCGUUUGCGCUUGCUGGCUGCCCUCUGCAUGAUGCUUUCCGUCGUGCUCUACUCUGUGCUGUUCUUUGUCGUUCCGCGGGUGGAGCGGCAGGAAUCGAGCCGCUCGGAGGUGAGCUUCGCCUGCGACUAUGACGGUGCCAUCAUCUUCCAGCAACGGUGCAGUGAGGAACGCACCUGCUAUCAGUGGAAACGCGAGAAGAUUGGCCACCUGACGCUUACGAACUGUUCCUACACCUGCCAGAAGCCGGUCGAGUUCGAAAACCUUAACCACCCGUACACGAAGGGGCUGAUUCUGCCUUCGUCCACCGAAAGCUCGCUCGAGGAUGAGGAUUACGAUCUGAACGAUGAUCCGCUGCCCGCGCCGGAGAACAUCAGACAGGAGCCGAAAGUACAGGUCGACAACACACCGAUCCCCGUACCGCACAUCUGCGAGCACAAGGGCGAUCCGGAGAAGGAGCUGUGCCAUGCGUACACCUCGGCGGCAGAAUCGCUGAAGCUGGCAACGGUGCUGCGCAGCGCGGUAAACGAAGAGAACGAAACGCACAGUGCCGAGUGGUGCCGUUAUCCGCUGGACGGGUUCUCCUGUGACAUCCCGGAGAAGCAGAUCACCUGGAUGAAGCUGCUGACCAACUCGUCCAACUGCACGCCGAAGGUUGAGUGUGAGGUGCACAACCCGUACGAUGACGAGGAGAGCGUACUUUCGGAGAGUGUUUGCAUGAGGAUUGUCGGAGAUCCUGAGGUGACCUUUUGGGCGUAUCUCGCCCUGCGUUCGUUCGGAGAUGCGUUCCUGCUCGCCGUUAUUGUACUGCUGAAUGCGGCCACCAUUAUCGCAACACGGGAAACGUCUACCGGUCGUGGUGACUUCGGCCGGCAGAUUGUUUGGGGUGCGAUCGGGUGGGCCGUUUCGUACUUUGCCCUUGGAUGGUUCUUGGAGACGUACUACGGAUACGUUGGGUUGGCUUUGUUGGCCGCGCUGGUGCUGCUGGUAUCGUCCGGAAUGCCACUCACACCGCCCGAGAUGUGGUGGCACACCAAGUGUGGCAUGGUCGCUAUUCCGAUGUCCGCCAUUCGUCGGUACGGUCCCGAGUCGGCCGGACUCUGCCUGGUGACGCUCGUCCUCGGCACAUUCUGGGCCGUGCUUGACAACUACGAAGGGGUGCUGGUGAAGACGUACGACAUUCAUCCACCGGCGGACGCUUACUACGGUGAAGUUUGGAGCGCGUUGGUCGUGCUCGGCGCACUGCUCACCAUCCCGGCCCUGUGGUACGCGGAGAAGAUUGUGGAUUUCUGCGGUCACUCCAACAUCCUGAUCACCGCCAUUACCACCUUCAUCUUCCGCUUUUCACUGCUCGCCACAACGGAGGUCGCCUGGUGGCGUGUGAUUAUCGAUUUCCUCUACCCCGUCACGCUCGGGCUCACCUGGCUGACGAUCGUGUUCUACAUGCGGCACAUUAUGCCUCGCCGCAUCAUCACCACCGGCCAGGCGCUGCCCGUCAUCUUCCACUUCUGUCUUGGUCGCUUUCUCGGUGCGCUGAUCGGCAUGUGGACAAACGUUGAUGAUCUGAUCGUUACCUUCCAGGCGCUGGCGAUCAGCGCCUGUAUCAUCUCCGUGCUGUAUUUCCUGCUGUACCAUCUCGUACUUGCACCGCGCUGUGCCGCCCGGCUGCAUCACGAACCGUCGGCAUCUGCCCUGAACAUUACGGCACCGGAGACGGGCAAUGGAAAUGCCCAGCAGCAGCAGCAGCAGACGCCACCCGUCCAGACGAAUGGUAGCUACCAACCGCUCCGGAUCUAUCAUAACUACCGCGGACGGAAGGGACACUUCCGCUACUAAUCUGCUGCUGGUAGCAGCUGCUAAAAAAAUGGCUCCGAGCUUUACUAGUCCUGUUUAGACUACUGUUAGACCACCCGGGGUCCCGCGGUGGGCGUUCGCUAGCCGAUACAAAACCACAAGGCUCUCGUUCUCGAUGGGGUGCUUCGCAAGGUCCUGGAGGCUGUUACGAGAAUUGUUAAAGAGAGAGAGAGAGAGAGAGAUUUCCGCUCCUAGACGAACUUGGUACCAAAAAACGCGAUCUAAAAUUUAAAUCCAAAAGCACACUCUAAGGGUGGCCUAAGUUAUUAUCACUCAUCCGUUUGCUGGGCUCGUUUCGUAAGGAAGAGUCACUUCAGGCAAACUCUAUUGGUUUUUCUAAGAGAAGGUAAGCUCCUUCGAUGGUUCAGCUUGAGCCCACCACUUUCGGCCUCGUUACAGUGCAAACCGAUUGCGGAAGUUUUCAGUUUUAGUGUUUUAGUUUAAGCAUACACUACAAAGCAAAGUCAUUCGUCUGGCGUCCCGGUGUACACCGUGAGUGUUCGAUAGUUGGUUAAGAUACUUUCCUUCAUUUUGCUCUCUUCUCCCUCUUUCCUGUCCAAUGCUCUAGCGGCGUAUUUAGUUUUUAUCUUUUUAGAAUUACUAACGAAACGAACAGCUCAUUUGUAGACAAUCAUCCCUGCGAACACAUCUGGCGACCGUUUUUCCUUUUCAUCGCAUUAACAAUCGCCUCGUCUGCCAUUCUCAUCCUUACUCUAUAAUGUAAUGCAAGACCAGUACCAGAGUUCGAUUAACGAUACCCGCCCAGAAACAACAGAAAAAAGAAAUAUACGACUCUCUGUGGAGUACCUGCUGGAGAGAGGGACAACCGACCGAGCAUGAUCAACACAAAGAGAUACAAUCUUUACGCUACCUAUUUACACGCGCCUUACCCUACAGAAUGCAACAUCAAAAGCAUGCGCCUUAACUGUGCCGGAAGUCAGCACCAUCCUCGCGGUCGAAGAUAACAGUUAAUCGCUUCAAAAGUGAUAGAGACACGCGCACGCGCCUGCCUUUGCUCGCCUGCCUUACCCUUCGGCACAUGACGCAUCGUUCAAUUGGUCAACUCCCUACACUACUGUGUGUAUGGUUACAAGAUAACAGCAAAACUACUUUAUAUUUGUAAAUAAAGUUAAGCAAUAAUUGGAG